UAAGCCUUUUUUUUUUUCAUUAUCUUAAUACAUUUACAUCUUUCAUACUUGCAACUGUAACCAGCGUGUAAAAAUAGGCGCCUAUGGGUUUGGGCGCACGUGCUUUAUUUGCCCUAUAUUUUGCAGCUUGUGAUAAUCAUGAUGCAUCAACAGAAACCUGCACACCAUCCCUGGCCAUGCACCCAUUCUUGGCUUUAGAUGAGAUUAAUCUGAGGCUGAUUUCAGGGAGCAGAGUGAUGAUGUCCCACACCACCAGAGGUAAUGUCUUUAGAGGUCAUUUGGUUUUUCUGGUGCAUGCUGUGCUGUUUCCUCUGGCACAAUGCUGUGUCAGUAGAUCUCUAAAAGCGCUGGCCCUCGGCUCGCUUUAUGCCUUAUUGUUUUAUGACUCACUCCUCACUACUGCAUUUAUAUCUCACUACUACUACCCCCCAGCCCGACCCACACCUCAUGCACACAUCAACCACACUCACACAGGCAACAUUGCUCCAGUGUGUUUGCACAAUUUGCAUCUUCAUGUUCGUAGAGGAAUUCGCCAGCUUGUUUUGUAUAAGCUGCAUAAUCAUUUAUGGCACAGCACGCAGGAGAGCCAGAUGAUGCUGGUCUUGGGCUCAUCCUUUAUUUUGCACGCGUUAUAUUUGUCCUGGAGAUGAUUCUACAUUAUCUCUGCACAAGUGAAUUUCUAUUUUCUUAUGAAUGACAAAACUUCCCUAUAUAGUAUAAUCUAAUACAGCAUCAGAAAAGGUUGAUUAUCUUAUGAUGCGUUCACGUGGCUGGAAACUUCUAGCUUCACGUUCUACCAGCCCCAAUUGGGAAACUCAAUAGCUGGGAGGAAUCGAUGUGUGACAAAUAAGAAAUGGUUAAUGUGUCGAAGACAAAAAUCUGCUUAUGAAUUAUAAAUAGUCUUGUAAUUAUACGGAUGAAUUGAUGAACCAGUGUAGAAUCCUAUGUUGUUCCUUGCAAACUACUCAUGAGUCGAGGAAUCUAUUUUGACUUUAGCUGCGUUAGAAUUUGCAUCCUCCAGAGUUUAUAAUUAGAAAAUAUGAUUUAUCGUUUGAAUACAGAAAUGCUGUCGCGUUGAGUGACUUUUCUCCUUUCUUCGUUUCACAUGGACGCUCAAAGCCUCCCACUCCUUAUAUGUGGGAAGGUUGCAGUUUGAUGUGGGACCUUUUCCACCUCCCAGAUAGUCGCAAACGCACCAUUAGCCCAGCGCGGCAGUCGUUGCCUAGCAACGCGGUGUAAACAUUAUUUUCCCAAACAUGGAGUUUUCUGGUUUUUCUCGUGUUUUACAAGUUAAAAUCUGAAACGAAUCCCUUAGUUAUUGAAGAAAGGUAAGACAAGUUAAUAUAAUAUUUAUAAAUCGUGAUCUGAUACUCUUGUCAGUGUGUUGCUUGUAUACAUAAUGGAUAAACAAUCGCUGUCGCAUUGUGGUUACUUAACAACCACACUUCACGAAGUUAGACUAAUAUUAAGCUGUAAUCUAAACGCUGUUUGUACACAGAGUUUCUUUUCAGGUCACAGAAUGGGAAAGAAGGGGAGACGGGAGAGUGAAACUCCGGGCCGUGAAACGUUUGAUCCGCUACCUGUUGAGAGUAAAACCCCAGCAACAGUAGUGCUGCUGUUGAACUCUCCAGAGGAGGACAUUCUUGUCAAAGCCUGUGAAGCUAUUUUUACAUUUGCAGAGAAAGGAGAUGAGAAUAAGGUUUGCCUGCUGGGACUUGGGGCACUGGAGCCUUUGUGCAGGAUCAUUACUCACAGCAACAAGCUGGUCAGACGCAACGCUUUCAUGGCCCUGGGCACCAUGGCCACCAAUGGUGAUGUAAAGAAUGCCCUCAAAAAACUGGAUGCCAUCCCAUCAAUAAUAAAAAAUCUUUCACUUGAAGAAGAUACAGUUGUUCAUGAGUUUGCAACACUGUGUCUGGCCUCUUUGUCCGUGGAUUUCGUCUGUAAGGUCCAGAUCACUGACAACCAAGGUCUGCCGCCUCUAAUCCAGCUCCUGUCCGGCCCAGAACCGGAUGUUCAGAAAAACUCGCUGGAGAUCAUCCUCAACCUUGUUCAGGACUACCAAAGCCAUCUGGUGCUACAUGAGCUGGACCUGAUCCCUCCACUCCUGGAGCUUCUUAAGUCAGAUUUUCCUGUCAUUCAGCAUCUGGUUUUGAAGACACUGCAGAAAGUCACGACUGAAAAAGGCACACUCGCAGUGUUCAGAGAAAAGCAGGGCUUUAACAAGAUCAUGGAUAUUCUCAAUAAUAUGGAGUUCAGUGAUCUGCACAGUGAGGCCUUGCAAGUUGCGGCAAACUGUCUGACUGACAAUGAAAGUAUCCAACUGAUCCAUGAGAGUGGCGAUCUAAACCGACUGAUGGAAUUUUUACUCAAACCCAGCACACCUGAAAUCCAGUCCAGCGCUGUUAAGUGCAUCACCCAAGUGGCUCAAAACCCUGAAAGUCACAAACUACUCUCUGGGCAGAAUGUGGAGAAGAUUCUGGUAGAUCUUCUGAAUGUGGCUGAUAUCAGUGUGAAAACAUCCGCCUGUCAGGCUGUGGCGGCCAUGAGCCUCCACCAAGCGAGCAAAGACUGCUUCAGAGACCUGGGUGGUAUACCUGCACUGGUUCAGUCGCUGAGCAGUGAUAGUUCAAUACUAAAAGAAGCAGCGACCCUGGCCCUUGCUAACCUCACCUGUCGCAACCAACUCAAUGCACUUGCUGUGUAUGAGGCAGGAGGCCAUGAGAUCCUUGUCCGGCAGUUACGUGAAAGCUCUCCAAGGAUGGUGGCGAACUCUGCCACCACGCUUCGCAGCAUGGCUGAACAGGAGGUGAUCCGCCGCAGCAUCUUGUCUCACGGAGCCAUGCAGGCUCUGGUGGAGCCUCUGAAAUCCACUGACCCGCAGAUCCUGAUCAACGCCACACAGUGCCUGUCAGUGCUUGCCUGUGACAAUGAAGCCAGAGUGGAGCUCCACAGAGCUGGAGGUCUUCAGCUGCUGGUCAAUCUGCUGCAUUCAUUUAACAGAGACGUGCUCCACAGUGCAUGUUUGGCAGUGAAUGUCUGUGCCAGCGAUGAUCUGACCACUGUGGAGAUGUGCAAAUUUGGAGCUCUGGAAAUACUACAAGAAAUCAAUCAGUCCAGGAAUCGUAGGAGCCGUGUCAGCGAGCUGGCCAUGAUGAGACUGCUUCACUCCAACUUGUCUGUUAAAUACAGCCUGACAGGUCAUUUGGCCUCCACUGAUAUAAUCACUAGUGGCUUCUACGAUGCUGGAAAGGCCUGUUCAGGUCAGAGGAUUUUGACUUUAGAAGAACUGUCGAAGGAGCCAGUCAACCAGCGUCAACCCAUCAUUUCUAUCAACACAGCAACAGAAGAGACAACAGAUAUGCCAGAAGACAGACAGAGCGACCCAUCAGAAUCAGACACCAGCAUCAAGGGGGAUCGUAAGUCACAGAGGAAAAAGAGAAAGGAAGACAAACAGAAAGACGAGGCUCAAUCUGAAUCUGUCACUGAGAAGCCGUGGAGCAUGAUGGAUGACGUCUCACUGCAGAUUCUGAUUAAAGAGGCCAAGGAAUCCAUCCUGCCACUGAAUGAUGAACGGCAGCAGUUUGCCACCUUGGCCAGGCUGGUGAGUGAAGCCAUGGGGGGAGCGGUGGAGAUGGAAAAGUUGCAUGAGUUCCCAUGGAUGCUGCACCUGAGCGAGCUCAAGUUUCAGCUUCAGUCCAACGUUGUCCCCAUUGGCUUGAUCAGCAGGGGCAUCUACUGCCACAGGGCGCUUCUGUUCAAGUGUUUGGCUGACUGCAUUGGAUUGAGCUGCACACUGGUCAGGGGUGAGCACAACCGGGCGUGGAAUGAGAUCCUCCUUUUUAACCAGAGUCCCUUCAGCCAGCACCAGUUCUCACAGCCCAGACGCUUCAUCGUGGACCUCCUGCACCAGCCUGGAAGUCUCCUGGCUGUGGACAGUCCUGCUGCUCUGCAGUACCAGACCAUAUAGCCCUGGAGGACUGAGGCUUGUGCAGACAUUCCUAAAGACAUGCACUGACUAUUCUGAUGCAAA